GUUAGUUCGGCUCGGAAACCUGUUUUAUAAUUUAUUAUUAUUCUCUUUUUUUUUUUUUCUUCUUCUUUUUUUCUUUUCCAACUCUUCCAUUUCCUCCCUAACCAACAAGCCAUCUCCAAUUUCCCACCCGCGACACGCCUCACCCAAUCACCAGCUUCCCGAUUUCAUCUUGGACUCACCGGGUAGACUUGCAUGGAGAACCUGAUAACAUUGGUGAACAAGAUACAGAGGGCCUGUACGGCCCUCGGUGAUCACGGCGAAGGGAGCGCAUUGCCUACUCUCUGGGACUCCUUGCCUGCCAUUGCCGUCGUCGGUGGCCAGAGCUCUGGAAAGUCUUCAGUGCUAGAGAGCAUAGUUGGAAAAGAUUUCUUACCUCGCGGGGCAGGAAUUGUUACACGGCGACCUCUUGUCUUGCAGCUUCAUAAAAUUGAUGAAGGAAGAGAAUAUGCAGAGUUUAUGCACCUCCCUAGGAAGAAGUUCACUGAUUUUGCUGCUGUGAGGAAGGAGGUGUCCGAUGAGACCGAUCGAGAAACUGGACGCACCAAACAAAUUUCUAGUGUUCCAAUUCACCUUAGCAUCUUUUCUCCUAAUGUUGUGAACUUGACAUUGAUUGAUCUUCCCGGACUUACAAAAGUAGCUGUGGAGGGUCAACCUGAGAGCAUUGUGCAGGACAUAGAAAAUAUGGUUAGGUCCUACAUUGAGAAGCCCAACUGCAUUAUACUAGCUAUUUCUCCUGCAAAUCAAGAUCUUGCUACAUCUGAUGCAAUUAAGAUCUCUCGUGAAGUUGACCCUAAAGGGGAGAGGACUUUUGGUGUUUUAACUAAGAUUGAUCUUAUGGACAAGGGCACUGAUGCUGUUGAUAUUCUUGAGGGAAAAUCAUACAAGCUACGGUAUCCCUGGGUUGGCGUUGUUAAUCGAUCUCAAGCUGACAUUAACAAGAGCGUUGAUAUGAUUGCUGCUCGCCGUAGAGAGCGUGAGUACUUCCAAAGUACCUCGGAGUAUCGACAUCUUGCUGACAGGAUGGGUUCCGAGUAUCUAGGGAAGAUGAUGUCUAAGCAUUUGGAAACUGUUAUUAAGGCUCGAAUACCUGGUCUUCAGUCUCUUAUUACAAAGACUAUUGCAGAACUCGAGGCAGAAUUGAGCCGUCUUGGGAAGCCUAUUGCUGCUGAUGCUGGGGGAAAAUUGUACGUGAUAAUGGAAAUUUGUCGUGCUUUUGAUCAAACAUUUAAAGAACAUCUUGAUGGCACGUGGGUUCAUUCUAUUCUGAAGGAUCUUGUUCACAAGUCUAUCAGCGAGACACAUGAGCUGAAGCAAUAUCCCACUCUUAGAAUGGAAGUUAGCAAUGCGGCUGUUGAGUCACUGGACAGGAUGAGGGAAGAAAGCAAAAGAGCAACUCUCCAGCUUGUCGAUAUGGAGUGUGGUUACCUGACUGUUGAAUUUUUCCGGAAGCUUGUACUUCACCAUUCUGUUAAUAAAUUUUUGCAGACUAAACAAUUGGCAAAAUUAUUGGACGAAGAUCCAGCUGUUCAACAACGUCGUUCGUCUCUUGCAAAGAGGCUAGAAUUAUACAGAAGCGCACUAUCAGAAAUAGAAGCAGUUGUCUGGGCUAAGUAAAGGUGGUAGGUAGCCAUUUGUUGAUAGGAUUACUCUCAUUCUUUAAUUCAUGAAUAUCACUAAUCCAUAGUAGAGGAGGAUCAAGCAGACUGCUUAUUUUCAUCCGCUGCUUAAUUAGGUUAUCUCAUUCAAUCCACUGUUCUUCUUGUUAGCACCGGUUACAUGUCAGUUGCUUUUCUUCCGGCUUUAAGCAGCACUGGUAAUGAUAGGAAAUUUUCAGCGACAUGGAAUUAUGACCUAUUGAUCGUUGACUGUCAUCAUUGUUGCCAUUUUUGUUAGUGUUAUCACAAAACUAUUAGCAUUGUUUGAUGGAUUCAUCUAUUCUACACAUAUAUGUAUUAGCCUUUUCAUGUGAUUGAAAAUCUUGAGUUUAUAAUACUACU